GGCCCAGUUUAGAAUCACUGACGCUUUUGUUCGGCGAUGGCCUGCUGUCAAUCAAGAUGCAAGACCCCGCCCCCAUCGGCCUUUCACUGCCGCAGCUGGCUGCUUCUCGCUGCUCUCUGCAAUCUGUGCUGGAGAGGCCGAAGGAGCAGCAGCUUCACUAUUAAACCCGGCCUACAAACGCUUAUGACGCUCGCCAUCAAAGAACACGAACAACACGAGUGCUGGGAUGUCACCCAUGCUUCAGGUAGGCACACAACCAUGCCCUUAAUAUAACUGGUUAACAGUGUGGUUAUGGGUUUAAAGUUCUUGUUUGUGACCUUGGUUAACUGUCAAGCAAAUCAUCUCCAUUAUGUUAAGUCAUCCCUCUUAACAUGAAAUGACUUUGCAAUACAUGUGGUGGUUUUUUGUGUGCUUGCACUUAAUGGAUUUGUUGGUUUGCUUGUUUUGCUUAGAGUUUGAUGUGUAAAAUGUAACUCAUUACCAUUGUUUAGCUAUCGUCUUAUGUCUUUCCCACCUUUCACCUACCCACCAGUAUUUGUAGCUGAUCAGAGGUCCCUGUGCCCCCUCCCUGCUCCUCCCAACAUACAUACAUAACACACACACACAGUCACAUACACGCUCACAAACACUCAGUCGGUCAAGAGCUAGUGUGAUGACAGAUAAUGUGCUUUGUCAUGCUGGUUGGUGUCUUGUGUUUUUCCUAUACUGGAUGCAUGUUUGUUACUUUUAGGCUCCUGUAACCCUGGUUGGCUGGCCACGGAGACAGGGAGUCCUCGUCUCAGUACUGUGGCUCUCCACAUUAGACUUUCUGUUUGGGGCUAAACAUGUUCUCCAAGGGCACCAAGCGUAAGUUUUCCGAUGGUGAUGAAGAGAUAUCCGACGAAAGCCUGGUGGGUGCCAGGGUGGCAUCUUCAUACAGCUUGCAACGGCAGUCACUGCUGGACAUGUCCCUCAUUAAGCUGCAGUUAUGCCACAUGUUGGUGGAGCCCAACCUCUGCCGCUCGGUUCUCAUUGCCAACACGGUCAGGCAGAUUCAGGAGGAGAUGACCCAUGAUGGUAGCUGGCAUAUGGUCGCUGAAGCCUUCUGCAGUGCAGGCCAAAGUCCCUCUGAGCGCUUGGUGGCCACUGAGGUCCUUUGCAGAUCACGAGAGCAGGAUGCAGAACCUAAGCUCUUCUCUGUCAUCAGCUAUGAAGGUUGCCGUGAAGAAGAGGUGGUAGCUGAUGAGACACUGUGCUCCGUUUCAGUUAGCGAUACAGUCUCCAAUGUGUGCCUGGCAGGGCGUAUAGGCCAGUGCUGGGAGAAGAGUGAGCUUAGUGGUGUAGAGAGGGAUGAAGAGGCCCUUGAAGACUCUAGACUUGGUUCAGGAGAAGAUGAGGAGAUAGACACCAAGGACAGGGCUUCCACAGAGAGUCCAAAGACCAUUGGGCAAGUUUUUGGUACAUUUGAAAUAAAAAAUGGUUCCCCGGGUCCAGACUCUGCUCUUGAGGAGCUGUUCUCAGAUGUGGACACCUCCUACUAUGAUCUGGACACCAUGCUGACCGGCAUGCAGAGCGCACCCAAGAUGGGUCCUUAUGACAUCCUUGACAGCUUGGCACCUUCACAUAGUUCCCCUUCAAUAGUGUCCACCCCGAACUGUCGUUCUGAUCUCAAUGAACUGGAUCACAUAAUGGAAAUCAUUGUGGGUUCUUAGGCUCGACCUUAUUCAGAGACUUACACGCUUGUCUUAAUGUUACUGGCUUUUCUGUUCCUUAUGGAAAGCAAGUAAAGUCUAGAGUCCUUUCAGGGAAAAGAGUUGAUGUCUUUUGAAGGAUGGCCUUGAUUUUAUGAGCUGACCAUAGUCAUCUUAUUUGCAUACCCUUUGUAUGUUUUAAUGUUUUUUCUCUGUACUUGUCUGUCCAGACAUGCUGUUUUUUAUUUAAUUUAUUUGUUAUACUCAUGACACUAUGGAGAGCAGAACAAGAUGUAUACAAAAGUUGUAAAGCUUGGGAUAUUUUCAUAAGGAGAAAAAAGGUUGUCUUAAUGUAUAUAAAUAUAUAUUUUUACAAUAGAUUCUUCUUGUAAUGUCACUGUACAUUAUGUACAUGUUCUACAAAUUGAUUUUAACCGAAGAGAUUAGAUUCUUAUGUGCAACAACUCAAGUUUUCUGUUUAUCAAAAUCCAUAAACUGAAGGAACUUAAUUCAGUACUACAAUAUACAAAAGGAUACCAAGUAUACAGUGAUGCAUGUUUUACAUUAUGUGCUCAUUUGCACAAAGUAUUUUUUUUCCUCUCAAGGUUUGAUUGCAGUUGGCUGUCAAUCAGCUCAGCUGUAGGAUUUGUUUGCUGUUAGACAUCAAAGUUAUUAUAUUUUGUCUUAUCAACAAAUGAAGUAUAAUGGGGCCAACUCGUUUUAUAUUGUGACUUAAUUUAUUUAAUUUAUUUACUGCAAACGGUGAGUGUUGGCUGUGGUCAAGCUCAGGGUGGCUUUUUAACUCUAGAGGACUUAAUAGGCCUGAUUCACAAAUGCCUUUUGCUCAUUGUAAAUCGUUCACAGAAUUAGUGCUUUAAGUUGUUUUGCAUCAAUUAUUGGUUAAAGUAUUGAUUUUUAAAUAAGUGAACUGUUUUAAUGUUAGUGAAUGGCUCAAGUAUAUCUGUCUAUUAGUCCUCUAGACCCCUCAUAAUGAGAAGGCAUUGGUCUAGGUCUAUGCAUUGAGUGUCAUAACACACUUUAUACGCAUGAAGUGUUUAAAAUGCAUUUAGUACAGUAUUCUUUUUUUCAUACUUAAGAAUCAGUCUACAAGAGACGGUUUUAUUUUGCUCAACAUUUGUUACAAUGUUGUUUGUUACCCCCCAGUUGUUACAUAUAUAUUAUUUGGUUUUAUCUAAAGUAAGUUUUUGCAUAAACUAUGUUUGUGCAAAUUAUAGGUUAUUACACUUUGAUAAUUGUUUUCUUCUACAUUGUCUCACGCUUAAAUUCUAAGAGGAUGUUGUUUAUUGUAUGAUCUUAAACUAGUAGAGUAUAAACCUUUUAUAUGAGCACUGUAGCUUUUUUAACGUUUUUUAAUAAAAGGUACAACUUAUGAAAA